AUGGAGGAGACACAAGCAAAAACUGCCGACCAACGACUGUUCGAUGCAGUAGAUGAAGGGAACUUGAAAGGUGUUAAACACGCAAUCACCGCUGGUGGGGAUGUGAACCAGAAAGACAAAGAUGGUAAGCUACUUGUGCAAAUAGCUAUUGAAAACCUUAUUCAAGCACUAAAAGACCAAGACCAGGCUACAACUCAAGAUGCAAAGAAAGCAAUUGUAAUAGAAUUAGUAGAGCAUCAUGCCUAUGUCAAUGAACAGGGUGUAUAUGAUAUAACUGCGUUAGGAUAUUUGCUAGCACUGCAUAAAUUAAAUUCAUUAUACAAUGAUAGGCAAAAACUGAUUCUGCUUGAUGUUGUAAGAGUGUUGUUAAAUAAUGGUGCUGAUGUCAACAUCAAGGAUAUUGGUGGUCAAUCUCCUUGGCACAGAGCAGCUAAGAUACCUUCCAUUGAACUUCUGCAGUUAUUUUUUGAGCACCAGUCUGAUGUAAAUGUCAGGGGUACAAAUGAUCAAACUGCACUUCAUACUGCUGAUGACACAGACAUUGUUAGAUUAUUGUUAGAAAACAAGGCUGAUGUCAAUGCUGCAGACAAAGCAGGCAGUAGUCCACUCUCGCAUGCAGCACAGAGAGGUAACAUUGAUGUAGUCAGAUUAUUGAUAGAAAACAAGGCUGAUGUCAAUGCUACAGACAAAGCAGGCAGAAGUCCACUCUCGUAUGCGGCAGAGGGAGGUUACAUUGAUGUAGUCAGAUUAUUGAUAGAAAACAAGGCUGAUGUCCAUGCUACAGACAAUGAAGGCAGAAGUCCACUCUCGUAUGCGGCAUGGAGAGGUGACAUUGAUGUAGUCAGAUUAUUGAUAGAAAACAAGGCUGAUGUCAAUGCUACAGACAAUGAAGGCAGAAGUCAACUCUCGUAUGCGGCAAGGGGAGGUAACAUUGAUGUAGUCAGAUUAUUGAUAGAAAACAAGGCUGAUGUCAAUGCUACAGACAAUGAAGGCAGAAGUCCACUCUCGUAUGCGUUACAGAGAAGUUACAUUAAUGUAGUCAGAUUAUUGAUAGAAAACAAGGCUGAUGUCAAUGCUACAGACAAUGAAGGCAGAAGUCCACUCUCGUAUGCGUUACAGAGAAGUUACAUUGAUGUAGUCAGAUUAUUGAUAGAAAACAAGGCUGAUGUCAAUGCUACAGACAAUGAAGGCAGAAGUCCACUCUCGUAUGCGGCAGAGGGAGGUAACAUUGAUGUAGUCAGAUUAUUGAUAGAAAACAAGGCUGAUGUCAAUGCUACAGACAAUGAAGGCAGAAGUCCACUCUCGUAUGCGGCAGGGAGAGGUUACAUUGAUGUAGUCAGAUUAUUGAUAGAAAACAAGGCUGAUGUCAAUGCUACAGACAAAGUAGGCAGAGGUCCACUCUGGUAUGCGGCACAGGGAGGUAACAUUGGUGUAGUCAGAUUAUUGAUAGAAAACAAGGCUGAUGUCCAUGCUACAGACAAUGAAGGCAGAAGUCCACUCUCGUAUGCGGUACGGAGCGGUGACACUGAUGUAGUCAGAUUAUUGAUAGAAAACAAGGCUGAUGUCAAUGCUACAGACAAACUAGGCAGAGGUCCACUCUCGUAUGCGGCAGAGAAAGGUAACAUUGAUGUAGCCAGAUUAUUGGUAGAAAACAAGGCUGAUGUCAAUGCUACAGACAAUGAAGGCAGAAGUCCACUCUCGUAUGCGGCAAUGAGAGACCGCAUUGAUGUAAUCAGAUUAUUGAUAGAAAACAAGGCUGAUGUCCAUGCUACAGACAAUAAAGGCAGAAGUCCACUCUUGUAUGCGGCAAUGAGAGGUCACAUUGAUGUAGUCAGAUUAUUGAUAGAAAACAAGGCUGAUGUCAAUGCUACAGACAAUGAAGGCAGAAGUCCACUCUCGUAUGCGGCAGAGGGAGGUAACAUUGAUGUAGUCAGAUUAUUGAUAGAAAACAAGGCUGGUGUCAAUGCUACAGACAAUGAAGGCAGAAGUCCACUCUCGUAUGCGGCAGGGAGAGGUUACAUUGAUGUAGUCAGAUUAUUGAUAAAAAACAAGGCUGAUGUCAAUGCUACAGACAAUGAAGGCAGAAGUCCACUAUCGUAUGCGGCAGGGAGAGGUGACAUUGAUGUAGUCAGAUUAUUGAUAGAAAACAAGGCUGAUGUCAAUGCUACAGACGAUGAAGGCAGAAGUCCACUCUCGUAUGCGGUACAGGGAGGUAACAUUGAUGUAGUCAGAUUAUUGAUAGAAAAGAAGGCUGAUGUCAAUGCUACAGACAGCGGAGGUUCCAGGCCACUUUAUUUUGCAAUGCACAAGAAAGAAAUAUUUGAUGAACUGCUUAGAUGUGGGGCAGAAAUUGAUGUCUCAGAUCAAAGAGGUCUAAAUAUCCUACACAUUAGAUUAGCGAGUGUCAGUGAGAGCUUAUUGUAUGUUCUUGAGGAUACAGAUGAUUCACAUGAUACACAUGAGCCAAGGCAGAAGAUGGAGAAAACUGUCAAUGGUCCUGGAAAUUACAAUAGGACAAUGCUUCAUGUCGCUGCAACCCUUGGGCUCACUAAACACAUGUCAGUCUUGCUCCAAUAUCGUGGAAUAAAUGUGAAUGCCCGUGACAUCUUCAGCAUGACCUGUCUUCAUUAUGCAACAAUAAUAGGAAAUGAAGACAUAAUCCGUAACCUUCUCAAGGCAGGGGCCGAUAUUGGAGCACUGGAUACUGCAGGGAGGUCUGUUUUGCAUAUUGCAGCAAUCUAUGGACAUUGCAAAUUGAUAGAAACUUUCACUCAAAUUCAAAAGGACUUGCUUCCUCAUGCAGGAGACAACCAAGGACGGAAUUGCCUACACUAUGCUGUGAUCUACAGAAGAGAUGAAGUAGUAAAACUACUUCUCAAUAAUCAGCCAGAUUCUCAAAUCAAUUCUAGCAAGGACAAAAAGGGAAAGAAGCCAAUAGACUAUCUGUACAAAUUUGAGGAAAACACUUUGAUACGGAAACUGUUCGGCAAUCAAUCUCCAGUUAUCAAAAUUGUCAACGAAUACACUGACUUCUCAUACCACAAGAGUGAAACAAAUCUCUUAGAGGUAUCAAAACAGUGUGGUAUCGGCUCUGUCAAGAGAAUUUCAGGUUUUGAUCUGACUACUUUUGCAAAACAAAUCCAAACAAAAGUUGAGGAGGUGAUCCGUGAAGCUAUACCAGAGUCUGUUGAUGUUAUAGUCAUUGGUUGUGGAAGUUCCUUUGAAGGUUCAAAAGUUGGACUUCCAGAUGAACUAGAUUUCAUGGUCAAACUAUAUUCAGUUGGAUUCCAAGAACUGGAUAGUGAGGGCUAUGGAAAGAUGAAAAGAGAUACAGAAAAGACUACACAACUGAACAUAGACAAUACACCAUAUGGUAUAUGGCUGUGGAAUAGACUGAUGAUCUACUGGAGUGAACAUCAGCGUCAAAAGGAAGGUGAGCAUCAAAGAACUGAUCAUGAACCCCAGUUUCAGAUGCCAUUGCCUCCAGUGCGACACCCUGAUCACACAACUUGUACAACCUGGAUCUGGUUAUAUAGUGACAGUAUGUUCAAGGAUUUGGCAGUUUCAAUAGAUUUCGUCCCUGCUAUUGAAAUCAAGGUUUCCAUCAACAAGAGAAGCUUUAUUGUUCCAAAAAUACCACACAAAGAGAGCAUCAACUCUAAAACUUUCACCACAGAGGAACUGAACCAACUUGGUCGCAUAUCCCAUCCAACGAUGGAGGUCGAGCUCCUACUCAACUUAGACCAACACUUGAUGGAUGUGUUCAUAACAGCAAAGAGCCUACGAAAACCUGAGGUUUGUGGAUUCAAGAUGAAGAAUGACAAAGAUGAGACAGUUCCAAUGGGCGAGUACAUCACCAGCUACAGACUGAAAACUUCAUUUAUGCAUUUGAUAAAAGUGUUUAGAUAUUCAAAGAUGUCACUUGGCAAAAUGGUGCUGAUAGUCUAUGAAUAUCUAGAGAAAUGCCUCCAAAGGGGCAACCUACCAUCAUUCUUUCAAAAAUAUCCAUGGGAAACACCAGUGAAUGUGCUGGAAGGAUCCAGGUUGAGUAAGGAACGUAGCAUUCUGGCAGCAACGAAAAUGACAGAAUUUGUAAGGUGUUUGUAUGAAAGAGAUUACUCAUCAGUAAAAGACUUGGAUUUAAAAGAGCAGCAAAUUGUAGAAAGAAAGCUUGGGGACAUUUUCGAUGGAAGACAGAAUGACCAUGAUGACUGGAGCCUGUCAGAUUGGAUGUUUUACUAG